AUGGUGAUGGGGCUUUUGCGGAGAAGACGCGGAGCGGCACAACAGCAAACGUUGCAAGAUAUUAUCGCUGAAUGCCCGAACUCGUCCGGCUCGACUGGAACAAAACUCGAGAGUUCGAUUGAGUCAAACAUUAUGACUGAUGUGAUUCCAGCGAAAAAGUCGGGUUGGCUGCAGAAAUGGACGAAUUAUAUCAAAGGUUAUCGUCAACGGUGGUUCGUGUUGGAUGCGAAUGGAAAUCUUUCAUACUAUAGAAAUCAACACGAAGUCGGUGAAUCUUGUCGUGGAAGUAUCAAUUUGCAAGAAGCCAGAAUCUUAUCUGAUCAGGUGACGAACAAUAUUGUUAUAUCUGCCUCGUCGCAAACUUUCCACUUGAAAGCCGGUAACGAUGUUGAUCGACAACAAUGGUUAACUGCACUUGAAUAUGCAAGACAUGAAGCUAUCAAACGUGCUGAUUUGGAAGAAGAAGAGGAUGCAGCAGUUGUGGCGCAAACUGUCCAACUUUUGACGGAUGGAAAGGAGCUUGUUGCAAAUGCAAAUCACAACGUCUACAAUAAACUCGACAUGCUGAAAACAACUUCACGAUUAUUAAACAAACACGCGGAUGAUUUGUUAACAUACGCCAAUGAACCAAACGUUGAGCACAAAACAUUAGCUGAAAGAACAAAUAUUUUCAAGUUGACCGUAUCUGCCGUCGUAAAAGCAGCCAACGAGUUUACGGAGUCGUCGGAUCGGGAAGCUAAACGACUUAGUCGAGUGAUGCAUAACGAGACACAACAGAAACUUCGACUUCAAGAACAACUGGAAGCCUUGGCUUUACAACACUCCAACUUGGAACGAGCAGCCGUUCGAUCAGCAAGAACAUUAACAUCAGUAAGUGAUCUUGAAGAGGUCUUUCAUGAUGCCGAAGAAGAUUUCACCUUUAACGAAAGAAAAUCAAGUUCAUCGAGACAAGGCUCGAUGUGUGGUGAAAGUACGCCCAAGGACGAUUCCUAUUUCAAUGCAGAGAUUGUUUCUAUUCCAAAAAAUGCUGAUCAGGAUUCCUUAAACACUUCCAACACGACAACUACGGAAGCUCGCGGCCGUCCUCGAAGAAAAUCAAUUCCUGAGCGUCCAGACAUGUCGCUCAACCUUUGGAGUAUCAUGAAAAAUUGUAUUGGAAAAGAACUCAGCAAGAUACCUAUGCCGGUCAAUUUCUCCGAGCCACUCUCAAUGCUACAACGAGUUACCGAGGAUUUGGAGUAUGGAUACGUUUUGGAAAAGGCCGUGAAUUUGGACUCUUUUACACAAAUGUGCUAUGUUGCGGCUUUUGCUGUAAGCAGUUAUUCAACAACAGGUAACCGGACUACAAAGCCAUUCAAUCCACUACUUGGAGAAACAUAUGAAUGCGAUCGAAUGGAUGAUUUGGGAUGGAGAAGCUUUACAGAACAGGUUUCUCAUCAUCCACCCGCGGUUGCUCAUCAUGCCCAGGGCCGAGGAUGGGAAAUGUUCCAGGAUUUCACUAUGACUUCUCGUUUUCGAGGAAAAUAUUUGAGCAUCAUCCCUAUUGGUUGUACGCAUGUGGUUUUUCCGGAGAAAGGCAACCAUUAUUCAUUCAAAAAGGUCACAACUACCGUACAUAACAUCAUCGUUGGAAAGCUCUGGAUCGAUAAUCAUGGAGAGAUGGAGAUCACCGAUCAUCAAACGGGCAACAAGUUCGUGAAACGGCCAAAAAGGGUUACUGGAUUAGUGAAAGAUGCGGAUGGUGUUAUUCAUUAUGUCAUCCAAGGAACAUGGGAGCAUCACAUUGAUAUUUUGCGUGUCACAAAGUGCAGUGGGACUGGCGAGAAAGCAAAACUUGAGACUGAAGCACCCCGGCGGAUUUGGACUGUUAACCCAACUUUUGAGGGAUCUGAAAAAAUGCACAACUUUACAAAACUUGCUGUUGAACUGAAUGAGCCUGAAGCGGGAAUCGCUCCAACCGACAGCCGGCUCCGCCCUGAUCAACGUUUGAUGGAGGAUGGAAAAUGGGAUGAAGCAAACAAAAGAAAAAUGGACAUUGAGGACAAACAGCGAUCUCGGCGGAAGGAACGCGAAAAGGAAAUGGAGAAAGCUAUUCACCAAGGAUUACCAUAUGAAGAGUACACACCACUAUGGUUUACGAAAACACAAGAUGAAAUCACUGGAACGCUCAUGCAUAAAAAGUUUAGAUUUAAUGGAGACUAUUGGGAAUGCAAGAAAAAGCACGAUUGGAGCCGGUGCCCUGAGCUUUUU